GGCCAUUCGUAAAUCUCUCCAGUCCUUUCGAAGCUAACUCCACCACACUAGCAACCAUGGUUCGUAUGAGCGUGCUAGCCGACUGUCUCAAGACGAUGUACAACGCUGAGAAGCGCGGAAAACGCCAGGUUCUCAUCCGCCCGAGCUCAAAGGUGAUCGUUAAGUUCCUGCAGGUGAUGCAGAAGAACGGCUACAUUGGCGAGUUCGAGAUCGUGGACGACCACCGUGCCGGAAAAAUCGUCGUGGAGCUCAAGGGCCGCAUCAACAAGUGCGGCGUCAUCUCGCCUCGCUUCGACGUCAAGCUUGCUGACUACGAGAAGUGGAUCAACAACCUCCUGCCGUCGCGUCAGUUCGGCCAUAUUGUGGUCAGCACCACGUACGGCAUCAUGGACCACCACGAGGCCCGCCGCAAACACACGGGUGGCAAGAUCAUUGGAUUCUUCUACUAACUCUUUAGUGAGACCAGACCAUGACUCUAGCCAACUAGUGCGACCUUGAAGUCGUGUCCGGAGAAAGGAGAGGAUUUGAGUGGAUUAAACAACGUAGAGACUCGGCUAAUACAAAGUAGCUUCUUUGCGUUACGCUCCGGU